UGGAAGUUUCUCUUGCCACUAGUGAUCGAUCAACUUUGGAGGAUGUGAUUCUAUUUCGCGAUAGAAUUCAAAUUAAAGAUUUCCUACCUGUUCUUCCUCGUUUGGCCUUUGUGUGUAUCAUCGUGGAGUGUGUGGUUGGAAGUCAAGCUCAAACGGACAACGAUGAUCAAAAUUUGGCAACGCCUGAACCAAGUAUUCUGCCAGAAUACGUGAAUCCAUAUCCAUUAACACACCCUUGUUACCGUUUUGCUGACAUUUCAAGCAAGCAAUUCUUCAGUCCGGCGUUUCCCGAUGCUCCAACCUAUCCGAAUAAUACGAAAUGUUCCGUAGUAUUGACAGCUCCCCAGAACCACGUAAUCGAACUGGACUUUCGGGACGAGUUCGAGAUCGAAAAUUCCCAAGAGUGCAAGAAUGACUACUUGGAGGUGCGUGAUGGCCAGUACGGAUUCAACCAGGUGCUGUUGCACUUUUGUGGCAUCAACAAGUUUCCACCGAAAGUUCGAUCUUCGAACCGGCAUCUCUGGGUUUAUUUCAAAUCCGACGAGAACAUUGAAGGAAAGGGAUUUCGGGCGGUGUUCGAUUUUGUGCCUCGCAUCAAUAAAUCCAGCAAUCCGGAAAUUAAGGAAUGCAAAAAGGAAAUAAGCAAUCAGGAGGAGGGCCGAUUUUCCCGAGACGACGUCCCAGCAAACAUAAUUGAGUUCGACAGGCUGUUCGAUAUGCCUGUCGACUGUAUGUGGGUCAUCACGGUGAGGGUCAACUGGAGGAUACAACUGCAAUUCGAACGAUUCGAACUGGAUAGUCCGAACGACUGCGAAUCCAACUUUGUGGAAGUGUUCUCGAACGAUACAACAAACUCGAAAAAACAGUUUUGUGGCUCGAUUGCCGACACUAUUUUAUCGGACACCAAUCACAACGUGCUGAUUGUGCGAUUUUAUUCGCAGCAUUUCCAGAACAAAACGACUUUUGCUGCCAAUUUCACCGCUUUCAGGCCAUACGAUAAAGAUGAUCCAAAUGGAAAAUGCACAGAAGACGAAUUUGAUUGCGACGACGCCACUUGCAUAUCAGCCAGUCUCAAAUGCAACGGUUUUUACAAUUGUAGGUUUAGAUGGGACGAGGACAACUGUCAUGGCUCCCUAUUGGGCAGCGAAUCAUGGGCACUGACUGACGACCACAUUGUGAUAAUCAUGGUGAUCUUCUCCCUUAUAUUAACCGGAAUGUUUUUCACGUUUAUCUACAACUGCAUUAAGAAGCUAGUCAGGGACCACCAGACAAUAAAGGAAUUUAAGCGCAGCAGGGAACAACUAGAUAAGGAUAAUGAGGAGGACAAAAGAUCGUCCAAAGGCCACAGCGGACCUCACAGGACGCCCUCAAUAGAGUCGACGAGAUUCGGCCCGUCCGAUUCGGCCACUACACCCUGCUACGUCCCCGGGGAAGAUAUUUUACCGAUUUUAAUCAAGAAUUCCCAUUCGGUGCCGUCUAACGGCAGCAUGUACAAUCAGGACAUUUAUACGGUGGACAAUGAGGAGGUCCCGAAGAUGUGCGACAGCGCCUGCCAAACACGCGAAAGCCUCUUUACCACUCAGGAAUACAGUUCGGGAAACAGCACGCCGAACAAUAGUGUGCACACGAACUCUCCGCCGGCGCCAUUCAGCACUUUCGGCUACAACAGGAAGGACAGCAACAAAUUCAAAGCGGAGGCCAAGAUUGAAAUGCAUCACGAUAAGUCUUUGACACCGUCGUCCAAGUAUGAUAAAAGGUACAGCGUGCAAACCACCAAAUCAGCCCCCGAUGUGAUAGUGACGCACUGACACACGCUGAACGCCGCCGAUUGGGAGCCCUACAAGAGACGACAACCCCGACAAUUUUUGCGUUCGGCCCGCAUCGAGGGUUCGUUCGAAAGGACUCACACUUAGACCUCUUAAAUAAAUUACGAUCAGUGAUACUUCCUAGUCAUAUUUCCGAUUAACGUAGUGUGGAGGCGCGGUUUUGCAUGAUCGAAAUCAACCGAUUUUUUCCGGUGUGAAGGACCAAAAGUUCCAAGAUCUGGAAAGGAUUUAUGAAAACUAGCAUCUAUACAAGCGUCUUCAGCUCAAACGGCCUUUGUCAUGCUUAAUUAUAAGACCUACCCCAUAUGAAUACACUUCUGCAUGCUCUAGAGUUGGUGUAAACCUGGAGGUUAUGCGGAUGCGACUUCGAACGCCUCGUAAGCAUAGACAUGUUUUAUAAAUAUUGUCUUCACGCUCUACUGCUGGGAGCUGGCAAGUUGCAAAGUAUUUAACUGGAAAAAUUACUGUUACUUUUCGAGCUUCCAGUAGUAAAGUGCCACUGUUUUUAAAAAAUAAACUAAUUUUCAAUA